AUUAUUACAUAUAAUAUAUAAAAUAUAUUUAUGAAAAUAUUGCAUAAUUUUCGAAAAAAUAAAUAAAUAAGUAUCAAAUAAACCUAUUUUAUUUUAAAUAAUUUUACAAAUAUACAUUGUUAAAACUUACAUGGCGAAUUCAUUAGAGGAGACCUUAACACGACUUCCGAAGAUGGUUGUUUUUGAUUUAGAUUAUACAUUGUGGCCAUUUUGGGUUGACACUCAUGUGAAUCCUCCUUUUCAUAAAAAUGGUGCUGGUAAAGUGGUCGAUUAUAGAGGAAGUGUAAUUAAACAUUAUCCAGAUACACCAAAAGUCUUGAAAUAUCUUCAGGAAAAAAAUAUUGGCAUAAGUGUGGCUUCAAGAACUGGAGAAACUGAUGGUGCUGAGCAACUUAUACAAUUAUUUGGUUGGAAUAAAUAUUUUCAAAACAAACAAAUUUAUCCCGGUAGCAAAGACACACAUAUAAAUAAGAUAAGCAAAAAAUGUAAUAUCAAACUGGAGGAUAUGAUUUUUUUUGAUGAUGAGCAACGGAACAUUGUUGAUUUAGAGCGCUUAGGAGUAGUAUCAAUAUUGGUAAAAAAUGGAAUGACUAUGCAAGUAUUAAUGAAUGGUUUGAAAAAGUUUUCAGAAAUGAGAUCAAAUAUGUAAUUGUUAUGUUAUUGUUAUAUAAGUAUUAUGAUCACAAAUAAAAUGCUAUAUAAGACAUA